AUGUCUAUAAGAAAUAGAGAUAAGAAUUAUAUGAGUCAUGUUAAUUCGGGUAAACAUAACAUGAAUAAAAUAUCAAAUAAUAAUAGUAAUAUAAGUAAUAAUAAUUAUUCAUUAGGGUUAUAUAUUGAUAAUCCGCAAAAAGCAUUUCUAUUUGAUGAAAAUGAUUUAAAAGAAUUAUUUUCUUAUUAUAAAGGAGCACAGGAUAUAAGGAUUAUACCUGACAAAGCAGCAGCUCAAAUAACAUUUAAUGAUAAAAAUAUGAUACAACAAGUAAAGAAAGAUAUAAAUGGAUUAACUAUUAAUGAUAUUGGUACUAUAAGAUGUAUAGUACUAAAUGAGGGGAAAGUAAUUGAACAGUUUUUACCUUUCUCAGCAAAUGAUCCAAAUGUUACAUCAGAAAAUGAUAAUUCUGUUUCAAAUAAUGAGAAUACUGUAAAUAUGUUAAAGAAAUUAUCAAGUUUGAUAAAUACAAAUAAUAAUAAUAAUAAUAAUAUAAAUAGUAAUAGUGGGAACAAGAAAAGGGAUAACAUGAGUAAUAGAAUUAAUAAUAUAAAUAAUAUCAAUAAUAAUAAUAAUAAUAACAAUAAUAAUAGUAUUAAUAGUAAUAAUAAUUUUGGUCAAUUAUCAAAUAAUAAAAAUGAACAAAAUGAUAAUUCUUUUGCCAAUAAAAGAUUGAGCAGAAUUGAACUUAUUGAUAUUUUUGGAUUUCCUAAUGAAUUUGAUGUAAUGAAUAAAAUUUUAGGUAAAAACAAUUCAAAUAUAAAUUAUAUUAAUGAACAAACAAAUAAUAUGGUAAAUAUAGAAAUAAAAGGGAAACCAAUAAAUGAAGCUCCAGUAGUUGAGAGAAUGCAUUUAUCUAUAACAUCUGAUAAUUUAAAUGCAUAUAAAAAAGCAAUAGAUUUGAUUAUGAAAUUAUUAAAUUCCCUUUUUCAAGAAUUUGUAGAUUUUUGUCUUGAUAAUAAUUUUGUUUUACCAGAAAAUUUGUCAUUUAAAAGGCAUGAAUAUAUGUAUAAUUCUGAUGGUUCAACUAAAUAUUUAGGUUUUAAGGAAAACAAUUAUGGGGAAAAGGAGAUAUAUAAAAAUGAUUUUUCUUAUAAUAAGAAAAAUAAAAACAUGUCAAAAAAUGACAACGAUAAAAGGAAUAACAACAAUAAUAGUUCAUAUAAUAUGAAUAUAAAUGGUUCAUAUGGUAAUAACCAAAAUGUAAAAAAAUGGUAG